AUGGCCUUUCGAGCUGCCAGCCUUGGCCUUCUGAUUGCCUGUGUGUCGUUGGUUGCAGCACAGGAUAUCAUGACGUGUAUGUUUUGCGAAGUGGUCACGGAGGAACUUGGAAAAGAAGCUAGUGCUCUCGGCACAAUACAGGGCAUGUUUAGACGUUGUAGUCGAAUGGGCCUGGUGAAACCAGUGUGUGACCGAUUUAUCGCCGAUUACGCAAAGCGAAUCUUCGCUCUUGCACGAGGAGGCGUGCCAACUCCCCUCAUUUGUGAAGAGUUGAAUCUGUGCGGCAACCGACGCAGUAAUUCUAAAAACCCGCUAUAA